GAGCAGCUGCAUUGCCUGGAGAAUAGAUGCGCGCGCGUCAUGUCUCCGUCUCUGUACCUCUCACUUAUGGAUCAUACAGCGAUGCGAUGCGCCGGACCUCCCCACGAACCUCCGUCGAUGGAUGUGGAGUAACAGCUCUGGCGUCAGAGGCAGCGACGCGUUUAUCGGAGUGGUUUGCCAAGGCAUUGGCAUGGCCUAGUAAUGAAUGGCGACGGGGCUCCCAGCAGCCCGGAGCACUCCUCCUGCACGCUGCCCGACUGGAAGGAGUUCUGUGAGCUUCACGCUCGAGCUUCUGCCACCGAUUUUGCCUACAAGUUCCGGCAAUUCAUCAGCGAGAACCCAUGCUACGACGCGCCCGGGGCUGACGCCAGCUUCUCGCAACACUUUGCUCAGCACUUCUUAACCUGCUUCUCUGCCGCCCUCGACCAAGUUCCUGGCUCUCCGGGCGACUCCUCCGCUCCCAAGUACAGCAUCGUGCCCUUUGUUGGCAUACAGAGCUGCACGCUGCCCUUCAGCCACGACCUCUACCAUCGGCGCAAAGACGUGGGGGCCUCGAGCGAAUCGCUGGAUAGCAUGGACAGCGGAGGGGGCGGAGCCAGCGGACAGGAACAGCAGACUCCCACCCGUAAGCUGGCGACCGUCAGCCAAUCCAGGAGUUCGGAGGAUGUGUCUUUGGGCCGACGCAAGGCUCGCUUCAAGAAGGGCUUCUCCCUCCGCAACAUGAGUCUGAGCGUGGUGGAUGGGGUGAAGGAGAUCUGGCACCGCAGGGCUUCUCCAGAACCGGACCCCUCGGGGGGCGCCAGGAGGACCAAUGGAGCCGAAUCCGUGGGGUCCGAACACUGGAGCCAGAAGCUCCGUCUGCCGCGGGGCACUCAGGGCCAUAAGGCGGAGCUGUUGGAGAUCCAGAGGGAGGGCGCACUGCGGUACAUGGUGGCCGAUGACACUAACUGUAUGGGAGCGGCGCAGUGGCAGAAGUGCAGGUUGCUGUUGAGGAAGACCGCCGCGCAUCUAGACGUAGGAGAGAAGUUCCAGCUUGAGUUCUACGUUCCACCAAAGUCAUCGAAACCCAAAGUGAGCGUCCCUCUGUCUGCUAUCGUGGAGGUGAGGACCACCAUGCCUCUGGAGAUGCCCGACAAAGACAACACAUUCGUGCUCAAGGUAGAAAACGGUGCCGAAUACAUUUUGGAGACCAUCGACUCUCUGCAGAAGAACUCGUGGGUCGCUGACAUCCAGGACUGCAUUGACCCCGGGGACAGCGGUGAUGACAUUGAGCUGGCGUCAUGCGCUCACAGCCAGCCGCACAAAGACUUCUCGCUGGUGUCGUCCUGUAGCUGUGAGCUGCUGUGUGACGGCUCACACUGGGGAUCCGAGCGGCUGUGCUCCGCUGCCGCUGACCAGUCGAGCGCCGGCCGCUGUCAGGAGCCGCCCAUCACCCAGCAUCCCUCACACGUCCCGUUAGAGCGCUUCCUGCAGUCUCCAGAGGCCCAGAGCGCUAGCACCCCGUCAGGAAGUCCAGGUGACCCCCCGGGCGAGGGGGAAGGAGAUGCCAGUUUGGCGGGUUACCCAUGGUUCCACGGGACGCUGUCACGGGUGCGGGCGGCUCAGCUCGUUCUGGCCGGCGGAGCACGGAGUCACGGCCUGUUCGUGAUCCGCCAGAGCGAGACGCGUCCCGGAGAAUACGUCCUCACCUUCAACUUCCAGGGAAAAGCCAAGCACCUGCGUCUGUCUGUGAACGACAGCGGUCAGUGUCACGUUCAUCACCUGUGGUUCCAGACGGUCUCCGACAUGCUACGCCACUUCCACGCUCACCCCAUCCCGCUGGAGUCCGGCGGAUCCACAGACAUCACGCUCCGCUCAUACGUACAAGUCCAGCGCUCUCCCACAGACGUGUCUCCUCACAUCCCGGCCGCUCCGCGGGACGCCCCCGUCUGUCGAGCCGAGGCCCAGUCGACGCAGCAGCUCUCGGGCUCCGCUCCUCCGCCGGACGCAGCGCUGUCCUCCAGCUCGUCCUCGUCUCCGAUGGCUCAGCCGAGCGCCGGCCUGCACAGCCGCAGCAGCAGCGCCGAGAGACUGCUGGAGCCCGGGGCCGCGGGGGCCGACGACUACCACGACAGCGACGGCCCCCGCCGGACUAGAGCUGUGGAGAACCAGUACUCCUUCUACUGAUGCCGCUCUCUCUUUGGGUGGCUUUAAACGUUUAGGACUGAUGCGUGCCAUUGAAAGACGCCUCUCCUGAUGGGCUGUGUUCAUCUCCAGAAAUGCAGUAAAAAUUAGUGAAAUAUUAUUAGAAUUUAAAACAGCGGCUUCUAUGUGAAGAUCUGUUGAACUUCCUUUUAUUUCUGUGACGCACAGAUGAAUUUUCAGCAUCAUUACUCCUUUAUGAAAAAACAAUUCUGAUGGUCAAGAAACAUUUAUUAUUAUUAUUAUUAUUAUUAUUAUUAUUAUUAUUAUUAUCGAUGUUAAAGACAGAUGAGCUGCCAAAUAUUUUUGAUCCAUUUUCUUUUUCAGGAUUAACAGAUGAAUGAAAAGUUCCAAUUUAAAAUAGCAUUUAUUUAAUAUAUAUAUAUACGUUAUAAAUGCUAUGUACUGAUUAUUUUAAUGCAUCUUUAGUUAAUAUGAGUAUAAAUUAAUUUUCCCCAAUCUUUUGAAUGGUGAUUGUUUUCUAAGCUGCAAAAACUAUUCAACAUCGAUAAUAAUCAGAAAUGUUUCUUGAGCAGCAUUAGAAUCAUUUCCAUCUCAUCUUUAAAUACUCAAAAUGUAUAUACUACUCAAAAAGUGAAUAACACCAACGACAGACAAUAAUUCAUAUCUGAUGUGCAUAUAGACACUCUUCUCUAAGAUCACAAUCAUUUUUAGGGACCUCAAGUGGCUUUAUACGUUUAUACGCUUUAUAUAGAUUUCUGCAGACAGCAUGUAGCAUGGAGAGCCCCGCCGGAGUGCUGUUGUAGGUUGAGCGUGGAAAGCUGUCUGGAGAAGGCUUUGAAGGCAUCUAAGAAGCAUCUAAGAGCUCUCUCAGCAUGGACACACAUAUCAGUCCCCUGCAGUCCUGCUGAAACCGGCCCAGUAGCAUUAUCUUUAACAUCACGUGACGUUUUCCUCACAGAAAUAAACUCUAUUUCACGGGAGAUUCACACAGAAAACCUCUGUUUUUAAUUGCGAUUAUAUUUCAUAAAUGUACUGAAAAGGUAAAACGUAAAAAAACAAUUCCAAGGUUUCGAAUGAUUUCGGUGGUGUAUAUUUGCUCUUCCUUUAUACACGACACGUCAUGCCAUGAUCUCCCAGGCAUCGGUGGAAAAAGACGCAUCGAACUCUCAGUUGUGUUUCCUGCGGUGUUUUAUGGGGUUUGGCAGAUGCUCCUGUUCCCUUCGUUCUGUGACAGUGAACACCUCCACGUGAUACGGUUAACCAGAACAUUACUAGUUCUCACGUCCUGGUCCUCAUCAGGGGACUCCUCUCUGGAUCUGAACCAUAGAGCUGAGGAGUUUCUUCAGGAGACCGUCUGAUGUGCGUCUCUCAGCUAAUCAAACUUUACCCUUAUCACGUUUAAUGAUGUUCACCUGUUUGGCGAAACAUUAUUCUAAUAUUAAUCAUUUAGGACAUCGGGGUGUACUUUUUUUGGUUGAUUUAUACAAAGCAGAUGUUUUUCAUUACUCGUCUAUUUGGUAUUUUUCAAAUAACGGCCGAAAGUGUCAACGAAGACGAGGCUUUUUACGGGCUGUGCUGAUUGGACGUCACCGUACUUUUGCGCGAGACAUUUUUGUGAUGUUUUCCUGCACAAAGGGCUUUAAACAUCAUCCGAUCUUCAUCGAUGGACAGUUCACCCCCCCC